AUCAGCGCCAGGCUCUCGCAAUUGCCCCUCCCUCGCGACGCCGCGGCGUGGACCUAGCGAGCGGGAGCGAGGAAGCACGAGCUCGCACGGGCCAUAGCGCGUUGCCCACCACCGCGUACGCAACGCCGGUCAAGGGCAGCCCCACCAGCCACAAUGAGCCACAUCUACGCCGACGGCGCCGAGGUCCUGAAAGCCUUGGACGAGCAGGGCGGCGGGCCGAAACUGGCGUCGUUAGGCGACUAUGGGAUUGAUCACCAUAGAUUGUUGGAUCAGUUGCGAAUCCUCGAGAGGCCCGUGAUCGACCGCCAGGAGCUCCGAGUAAAAUCGAUAGAAAAGAUCGCCAUGGAGCGCCACGCCGUUGUUUUUGAACAACUCGUGGAAGAACGCAUUAAGAUCCUGCAGAAGGUGUCUUUAUUUAAUGAUUUGAGCGACAACGAGCUGCGACGGGCGGCAGAGCAGUUCGAGGAAGACGAGGCCGACGAGGGCACCUUCGUCUUCAAGCAGGGCGACGCUACCGAUGAUUUCUACGUGGUUGCUAGCGGUGAGGCCCAUGUCAUCUUCGAGUCCGACGGUAAAUCGCGAACGUUGGCUCGCUUGACGGAAGGUCGAUUUUUUGGGGAAUUAGCAGCGAUGCAUUCCACUCCCAGAGAUUCCUCGGUGAAAGCCAAGCCGGACAAGGAAGAUCAACAACGGUUGGAGCUCCUGAAGUUAUCCGGUGCCAAGUUCCGAGCGCUGUUUGAGAGUAGACCGGAUCUCCUGAAAGAUAAUAGUAACACAAGAGAAAGGCAGGCCUGGUGCAUCAUCGGGAACUGUCCCCUGUUCGCGGGGUUGGACGAGGAUAGAUUGCGGGAGUGCGUCCGGCGCGUGAAGGUCGAAACGCAUGACCCGGGUUCAGUGAUCAUCCACGAGGGCCACACCGGUUCCGUAUUUUACAUCAUCGUCGAUGGCAUCGUGAAGGUGGUGCACGAGGACCCCCAACAUAAGGUAGGAGAAAGACCAGUAAGGGAAUUGGGGGACGGCGACCACUUCGGCGAGAUACCUCUCCUCGUGAAGGGAGAUUCCUCGACGCGAGGGGCGACGGUGGUAGCCGUCUUCAAGUGCACUCUGGCCGUGGUCGAGCGCAGUGACCUGGUGGCGGCGUUCAAGACGGACGAAGGUAGGGCUUAUUUACGACAGCGGGCGUACUUUAGAAUACUCGAUGAUGAUGGUGAACUAGAAGCGGAAGAGGUGCAGCGACCGCGCACGGCGGAAGAUCGCGCUUCGAGAAGAUCAGGUGAUAGUAGAGCCAUGAGAGGGCGGAAGUCCGCCCGUCAAGCCUUCAAGAGAUUAGUACGAUCCUUCAGCGACUCGUUGAUCUCUCAAAUGUACAAACAGAUCGUGAGGCAACCGUCACUCACAACAUCUUACGGUGCCGACGUGGCCAAGAGCUUCAUGGCGUCUGCGACGCGACCGGAGUUCGGCAAAAAGAUCCUCCGAGCGCUGGAGACCCUAAACAAGAAGAAUGCGUUAGAUAGGACCAUGCCGGAACUAGCGUUGGUGAUCGCCGUCCUCAGGCAAGCGAAGGACUUCUGUCGGCAGUACGUCCACGAGUGGCCCGAGUCGGCAUGGAACGAUUUUGGGCACCACGUGCGCGUCGAUAGAAUUAAAAAAGGUAGUGCGGUCUUCGACACGAAGGGCAAGGCCGUGCGCUUUUAUAUCCUUGUUAGGGGUACUGCUGCCGUCUUAGCGCAAUCGACGCAGGAGGAGCCGAAGCCGACACGUAGACGAUCUCGGGCUCGCUCGUCAGCGGACAUGGUCGACCCCGAGGCAGCGAAGGACGCCAUCUGGAAAGGGGAAUUAGGUGAGUUCGUCGAGUGCGGCGGGCCCGGGUCGUGUUUCGGGGCGGAAAGCUUGGAUGCUCUGAAGAACGGGCGGGCGCCUCGAUACCGCCAAAAUUUAGUUGCGGUCUCGGAAUGCAUCUUCCUGUCCUUCGAGGCGUCCGACUAUAGGGAGGUCGCGGCGAACGUCGCCGAAGGGCUGGAAACGGACGUCGAGGAGAAGUUCGCUCUACUGAGAAAGACCGGUUUGUUUGCGGAUGCCCCUGUAGACCAGUGCUACACCGUGGCUUAUGCGUUGGAGAAGGCCAAGUGUUCCCGAGGUACUCUGCUCAUGAGCGAAGGUCAGACGGCGCCUCGUUUGACAUUAGUGGUGCGAGGGGGGGUCGUGGUGCGAUCCGCGGGUGUGGCCGUCGCGGAGCUAGGGGUCGGCGACUACUUCGGCGAGAGCGGGUUGCUGUCGGCGACGAAUCUGGUGAAGGGCGCCGUGGAAAGCGUCAGCUGCGUCAGCACGAUGGCCACGGACUUAUACGUAUUAGAAGACUACGGCUGCGUGCCCGCGCCGAUCCUCAAGCGCCUAAAGCGGAACUGGGGCGUGCGCGCGUCCUGGAGAAAAGAUAGAGUCGUGAAGCAACGCCAGACCAUCGGCGACCACAAGAAGCAGAUGCCGCGUUCCAUGGUCGCGGAGAUGGUCGCGCGGAGCCCCUAGG